UGCCAUUCGAGGAGCCGCCCCAGGAGAUGAAGAGGUCGUUGGUAAUAGCGCAUGCUGAUCCAAGGCGUGCAGACCCAGCACCAUCACCAGAAUAAGGAGUGCCCUUUGUCCAGGCCCAACUACCAACGUCGAGGAUAUAUAUAUCAUUUAUUGCAGGACCAUCAGGACUAUCGACUUGCCCACCAAACAGGACCAUCUUGGUGCCAUUGUAGGCGGGGACGAGACAGGCCGAUCCACGCGGCGUAGGUAUAUCUCCCGUGGCGCUCAGUCC